GUGGGUUUACAAUGAUGCCAGAAUGAAGGAAAAGUUUGCCAUUAAAGCAUGGGUGUGUGUUGCUACAAAAUUUGAUCCUGUUAAUGUUACAAAGGCUAUAAUAGAGGACAUAACCUCUUCUCCUUGUAAUAUGGUUAACUUGAAUUCACUUCAAACUGAAUUGAAGGAAAAGUUAACAGACAAGACAUUCUUAAUUGUCUUGGAUGAUGUUUGGGACAAUCAGCAAAAUUUGUGGGACAAUUUUUUAAAGUCUUUUUUGUGUGGGAAUAAAGGAAGUAAAAUUCUUUUAACUUCUCGUAAUAAAAAUGUUGAUUCUGUAGUGUCAACUACUAAUCGACAUUACUCACUACACAUAUUGUCUCCCAAUGAUUGCUGGUCAAUGUUUUUGAAACAUUCAUCUCUUUCUACUAAUUCUACACAAUAUACAACUCUAGAACAAAUUGGUAGAAAAAUUGUUAAAAAAAGUAAGGGGUUACCUUUGGCUGUGAAGACACUGGGGGGUUUAUUGCGCAAUAAGUAUAAUGAAGGAGAUUGGGAGAAUAUAUUAGAAAGUGAAAUUUGGGAACUUUCAGAAGAUGAUAGUAAGAUUGUUCCUGCAUUAAGAGUUAGUUAUCACUACCUCCCUUCACAUUUAAAGCGGUGCUUUGUUUAUUGCUCAUUAUAUCCUGAGGAUCAUCAAUUUGGCAAAGAUGAAUUAAUGUUGCUAUGGAUGGCUGAAGAUCUUUUACAACCAAUGGGAAACAACACAUUAGAAAAUAUUGGUUGUGCGUAUUUUGAUGAAUUAGUUGCAAGAUCAUUUUUUCAACCGUCUAGUACUGAUAUUAACUUAUUCGUAAUGCAUGAUCUCAUGCAUGAUCUAGCAACAUCUUUCGCUGGGGAAUUCCAUUUCAAAGUCAAAGAAAUUGGAAUCCCACAAAAGAUUUUCAGCAAAACUCGUCAUUUGUCAUAUACUGAAAAUCUUGGCGAUCUAGUCUCAAGAAUAAUUGGAGAGGCUUAUAAUGGAGCAAUGCAUAUGAGAACAUUUCUACAAUGUCAUUUUCGUUCAAUCUGUGGUGAAAGUGAUUUGCUGUUGCUGCUGCAAUUGAGAUGCCUAAGAGUUUUAUCAUUUAAAGGCUUUAAUAUUCUAUCAUUACCUGAUUCCAUAGGAGAAUUAAUCCAUUUGCGUUAUUUAGAUCUCACUUUUACACCUGUUGUGAGAUUGCCUGAGUCAUUGUGUAAAUUAUACAAUCUCCAAACCUUGAAGUUGAAGAGAUGUUAUAAAUUAGAGAAGCUUCCCAGCAACAUGCAAGAUCUUGUGAACUUGCGCCACCUUGAUAUUGAAGGAGCUUCGUGUUUGAAAGAGAUGCCAAAGAGAAUGAGUAAGUUAAAACAUUGUCGGAAAGCAUGAGGAGAAUGGGAUAAAAG